CAACAGCAACAGCAGCAACAGCAACAGCAGCAACAGCAACAGCAGCAACAGCAACAACAACAACAGCAACAACAACAACAGCAGCAGCAGCAACAGCAGAGGGCUAGCAAAGCUGGUGCGAUGCAGCGAGUUGCCUCCGCUGCUAGUUCCAUGGGCCCGCCUACGGCGUCUGCCAGUCCGCGCACGCAGUCGGCUUCGAACGCGCUUUCUCCCAUCGCGUCGACGCCCAACGCCAAACCCGCCGCACCCGACAAGCCGAAAGCUCAGAAAGGGACCCGAGCAAGGAAGAAUUCAAAAGCUGCAAAUAAGACGCCGUCUCAGGCUCCAGCUGUUCUGCCAAGCCAACCUCCUGGCUCCUCUAUGAUGGCAUCGGCAGCUGUUGCCGCAUCUACCCCCGCCAGUAUAGCCCCGAACGCAGUGCUGCAGAAUCAUCAGGGUGAUGCUGCCAGCAGUGCGGCUACGCAUACCCAAAACCAGAACGGCGCACCAUCAGCGCAAGACCCGCUCAAAAGGCAAGCGCAAGGCUCGGCCGUGCUAGACUCUUCGCAGCAACAACAGCAGCUGGCACACGCGCCAUUCUCGGGCGUCGGUGCCGGCGGCGCGCUCGGCAUGGAAACGCACGACGACAACCAAGACUUUUCCGACAUGUUCAACUUCAACUUUGACUUUGACGGCGGAGACUUUGGAGGCAACAUCUUCGGCUCCAGCGGGCCUGGCGGCACCGGCCAAUGAGCCGAUGCGCGAAUGUACGAUGCCGCGAUGCCGGCCGCCUCCAGUCGCCUGCAGCCCGUCAGGGCCUAGCAACGCGCCUCUUAUCAACCUUAGUGCAGCGAAUCCGUUGGGCCGUGGACUUGACAAAACUGUCGAUUAUUCGUCUUUCUCCCUCUUCGAUUAUCUCAGAGAGCCCCAAAUACCCCUUCGCUCUCCUCUUUCCUCAUCUCACCCCCUCUUUUCGCUUCUCCACUUCUGUCGUCGCACUGUUUGUUUCGGUAUCCAACCGACGGUCUCAUGCACUGUGCUUUUCAUCUUCGAGCGUCUCGG